AUGGUUACAGAGUUUGCACCGGGAUGGGAUAAGAUGGGACGGUAUGUGAUGGAGAUGGGAUGGGAUGGGAAGGGAUACGCCGUAGGGGUUGCGACCGAGAUUGAGAUUGAGGCCGCGGAAGCGAGAGUGAUAGCACCUGGUGAUCGCCGAGGUCGUGGGGCGGCCUCCUUUCAGCUGGAGGCUGGAGAGGUCCCGUAA